CGUUUUGUCCAUUUUAUGCGGCUCCGGGCCACCACUGAUGUAAAAAAGAUUGAAGCUGCUGAGAAGGAGCAGAAGGCCUGGACAUUGGGGUCUGGAGCGAGAUGUGCGCAGACGCAGCGAAGAACACGAAGCAGAAACCAGUACCUGAAAGAUACUGAUGAUCCCGCCAUCGUGUGGAAGGAAAAUACUUUGAACAUUUUUAGCAAGGGAAACGUGCUUCAGAUAACUCUCAUCGUCAUGGCAGAAGAUCUUGAUAUUGAGGCAAUGCUUGAAGCCCCAUACAAAAAGAAGGAGAAAUCAUCAUCAAAAAAUGGAUAUAAAAGUGACAGUAGCAGUGAUAAUGAAAGAAGAACAAAGAAAAAGAAGAGCAAGAAAAGCAGGAGUCGAAGCAGAAGUAAGGAUAAAGUAAAAAGAAGGGAGAAGAGUAGGUCACCAGAUCGAAGGAGGAGAAGAAGCCGCAGCUCAGAGAGGCCACCAAGACCAGAUAGAGAAAGAGAGAGAAGGGAAAGGGAAAGUGAUCGAGAUCGGGAGAGAAACAGAGGUGCAGACAGGGAAAGGGAUAGAGAAAGGGAUAGGGACAGAGACAGAAGAAGGGAAAGACGAGAUAUCAGUCCAAUAAGAAGAAGGUCUAAGAGUCCUGAUAGAGGCCGAAGAAGUGGCGGUGGUCCUGGUGGUGGUGGUGGUGGUGACAGGGGACCACAUGUUAUUUCGCUUAUGUCUGCACGCGAGAGAGAAAUUGAAGAUGAGAAUGUGUCACCAGAAGAACGAGAUGCAAGGACUGUUUUUAUCAUGCAGCUAGCUAGAAACGUCACUAUUAGAGAUAUAAUGGACUUUUUCUCAAAAGUUGGUCAAGUACUUGAUGUAAGAUUAAUCUCUGACAGAAAUUCGAGAAGAUCCAAGGGAAUUGGUUAUGUUGAGUUUACUGACAAAUCGGCGAUUCCAAUGGCCAUCAAGUUAUCUGGUCAGAAACUCCUAGGAGUGCCAAUCAUGGUACAACCAACCAUGGCCGAGAAAAACAGAGCCGCUGCAGCACUAUCAGCAUCAAAGCCAAGUGGUCCAAGCAGACUCUAUGUUGGCUCUCUUCAUUAUAACAUCACCGAAGCAAUGUUAAAGGCAAUAUUUGAGCCAUUUGGGGCUAUAGAUAACGUGCAACUCAUAUAUGAUACUGAAAGUGGAAGGUCCAAAGGCUACGGGUUUGUUACAUUCAGAGAAGCCGAUUCUGCCAAAAGAGCUUUGGAUCAGCUCAAUGGUUUCGAAUUGGCAGGUCGACCCAUGAAAGUAGGUAAUGUCACCGAGAGGAGUGAUGGCUCGAUGUCGUUUUUAGAUGACGAAGAGACGGAGAAGGGAGGCAUUGAAAUGAAUGCUGCAUCCAGAGCAGCACUGAUGCAGAAACUUGCUGCUACUCAUGCAAUUGGGAUGCAGGUUCCAAAUGCUCCAUUGGUACCAGCCGUUCUUCAAACACCUUUGCUGCAAAAUGUUCCUCAACCAAGCUCGUGUGUAAUGAUCUCAAACAUGUUUGACCCAUCCAAGGAAUCAGAGCCAGGAUGGGAUGAAGAUAUUAAGAACGAUGUUUUAGAGGAAAUCUCAAAACUUGGUUCUGUCGUGCAUAUCCAUGUUGAUAGUACAGAUCCAGAGGGUCGAGUCUUUGUCAAGUGUGCAUUACCAGACGUUGCAGCUACUGUUAUUCAAACACUGAACGGACGUUGGUUUGCGGGUCACCAUAUAAAAGCAGCCAUGAUGCAGCAAGAGGCAUACCACACACUCUUUCCAUAUGCUUCGUCUGCCACAGCCAUUAUCAAGCCAACUCGUUGAUGAAUACUUUAGGACUCUGACAUAUGUGAAUAAGUACAUCUGUACGGAUACAGCUUCGUUAAGCAUUUUCCUUUCCUUUGAUGAGUUUUUUUUACGUUCUUUGGACAAUAUGUAUGAGCUAGCUAGCCCGAAUUACGUUUGCAGUUGUCUAAAGAGUUAUGGUCUUCUUUGGUUUUACAAGCUUUUUAGACCUACUUAUGUCACAAAACUGUUGAUAUAGAAUUGGUUCAUAAAUCUGAUAAGUUGUUGGCAAUUUUGUCAUCGUUUGUUUGGGGAAAGAUGCAACUAGCUGGGUCAGUUGUAUGGGGUGCCAUUUCCGCCUAACUGCGCCUUUUUUAAUCAGAUAGCCCCCUAAGCCUCCCUUUAAGCUCCGUUAGCCCCCUGAGCCUCCCUUUAAGCUCUGAUAGCCGCCUGAGCCUCCCUUUUAGCUCUGAUAUUCGUUAGCAAUGGUAUUUUUGGCAACAUCCAUAUUCGCAGCGAUGCCGUUAAUCUUUAACCGCAUUCAAAUUUAAGCUGAAUCCGCUUGAUCACGAAGUUAUAAUUGAUCAUCUAUAAGAGCCCAUAUCACUUCCAGCUCUUGCACCAGGCAGGUUGGAACCUUGUCAUUUUUUCUAGAAUUUUCUCUAUAGAAAAGUAAUGUAAAGAGAACUUUUAUCGAAAAACCACACCGUUUGAUUCACAGGUAACUUCCAUCUAAUUUUAGCGUACUGAAAGACAGUUGUUUCUUGGUAUUGAUGUAUUUUGCAAAUACGAACGAACAAACAAGGGACAAGAGAAUAAAAUAUAAUCAUGUAGCUUUGUGUUUGCCUCAAAAGAAUUAUUAUAUAAAAAGCUACUCGAUCUAGUUUCGUUAAUCGUAAUCUCCUCCAUAAAAUAGACUUAGAUACCUCAGUAUAUUUUGAGUCUCCGUUAAAAGAUUCUAAACAUUCAGUUUUAUUU